CGAAGUGGUUCCAUUCGCGGUGAACUCGGCGGCCGGUUUAGUCUUCGCUCGGCAGCAGCACGCGUGACAACGACUUUCUGCGUUUGCAGUCGCGAACCUUUUCCUACAGCUCAGUGUUGUGGAGACGAAUUUUAUCUUAUUACUACUAUAAGGUCGAAGCCUGCCAUCUCUCUGAACGGAAGCAAAAGUUGCUGGGGAUUUUUGCGUUCGGAGUGAUUUCGAACGAUACGGAAGAUUAGGAGGGGGUUGAUUGAUAGUUGGUGACGAAUUUUCCACUCGGCUCCGACGGACGGACGCUGAAGAACGUGAGAAUUGCGGAAGAUCUGAAAGUCAAGGUGCCGUGACUUGGAAGACUGGUGAAACGGGUGAACGUUCGAGUUUGUGGCAGGUGAACAAGUGUCCGAAGAUUUGAAGUUUCUGGAAGGUUUUGGAAGGUCCAGGACCUGUUCGUGAGUGAAUUGUGCCCUUCGAUCUGGAAGAUGUCCCUCCAGGGACGACGGUGCGGGUCUUCGCGCGAGUGGGUCACUUUGCCACCGGUGCCAGAAAAUCGAGUACAAUUUGUUAUGUAAAUCAGAUGAUUCUCGCUCGCAGUUUGACGAAGAGGACUGCUUCACGGUGCGACGGCUCUCCAUCUCGGGAACGCGCGAGAUCACACUUUUACUUUGGCUCACAGCGACGCGCGGUCGACAACGAGGACCAAGACCAAGUCGGCGACAUCAGCACGGCAGCAGCAGUGUCUGGUUGUACCGAGAAGAGCUCUCAUUAAAAGCCGAUUGGAUAUUUUGAGAAAUUAGUGUCGGACGGCUUAUUUCUGUGCAUUAAUUCUGUGUGUUUUGUGUCUGCGGCGGUGAGCUGCGCGAAAAACUUAGCCGAGUUUUUCCACUACUGUUCCGUUUUUGUCUACCGCGGUAGGUCACGACUUUCGGGGGUUGUUCAUCAUCUGCAGUGAAGACCUACUCCGUUGUGGCGGUCACAUACUCACGGUCAACUGGUGCCGCGAACGGAAGAUCCUCGUAUCACGUGAGAACACACGUCUACCGAACGCUACAGUUAGCGAAUCCACAAAAACCGCAGUGUCCUGUGCGGGUGUAUCGAAAUUGUUAUCAGUUUUCGGCGGAUCGGAGUGCCACCGCUGUUCGCGCAAUCAGAUUUAUUCCGCGAAGAAUCGACACAUACACAAGUGGAAGUGAUUUGUGCGCGUCUCUUGCUCUUAUCGGAGAAUCCUCACCCCGUAACGCAUAAGUAGUGUGCUGUGCGAAAUUGCUGUGCAAAUUUCUACCGCGAGGUUGUUUGUUUUUCGUCUGACGAAGAAAAGAUCGAAGAAAGUGGCGCUAGGAAGAAGCGUUGACCGAAAGGGGUUCGCCGAAGUGCGGCCGCUAAUCAUCAUCCCGUCGCGUCGGUCGCUGCGGCGAGAUAGUGCGGCAGUCAGUGUGUGAUUCGUACUUAGUUGCACGAGGAGAAGAGAAUUCCUUAUCAGUGGUGGAAAUAGCGCACCUUGCACCUCGCGGCGUGUGCUACCAGACGUUGUUCGGUGGUUUGCGUAUUCGUCGAAUAUGCGUACAGGGGCGCCCAGCGUGGUUUGAUUAGUGGAUUGUAGUGAAGCUAGGCUCGGCAACAUUGUUGGGCGAAGAAACGCUUACACAGCGGGAAGAGUGAUGACGAUCGACAAUCGGGGACAACGCUGUUGGCGCUAUGAAUGGGCGGCGAUGAUGUGCAGAAAUGCGAUGAAGAAAGGUCACAAGUGCGAACUUUAAACGAACCUCGUGCUAGACAGCAGACGACACAUCGCAUCGGAACGAAUUCUCGUUGUUUGAAGUGCCCAACUUAGUGCUGUGAGAGAGUGCCCAACUUUCCUCGCCUCAGAUCUUACUUGAACCACGAGGAGAAGCAACUGCAAGGAGCUAGAGAAAAGAGAAUAAGAAGAAAAAAUCCCAAUCUAUUUGAAGGAAUGUUGUUGCCUCGUGUCAGUGUCAGAAGGUGAUGGGCGACCGUGACGACGACGGGAGUGAAAACCCAGGCUGAAGUGUUGCGUUGCUCCCUCGGCGGAAUCGGAAGUGUGUACUCAGAAUUGGUGUCAGUCGGCUAAAAGCGUCGCGGCGUCGCAGAAUAUAGUUUGGUUGAGAGUUUUUUUUUUUUUUGUGGAGAGAAGGGUGGGAGUUGGGCGACGACGGGUUGAAUAUUCUGAGUGAGUGAGAGCCAUGGGCGGUCAACGACUGGGGACGUAUCUGCCGUACUACCGUAAGCGUGAAAACCAAGUGCUUCCCGAUCGACAUCAGCAGUCCGGGUUGAUGAUAACCUGAAGAGGCACCAAGAAGAGGGGGGUGAAAUUGGAGUUUAAAUUUAUUGUUUUGCGGAGAAGACCGACUUGUUAGUUUUCGGGGAUAGGCGUCAACAAGUGCCCAUUUGUUGAUGAUCAGUGGAAGACUUCGACGGAGGGCCCUGGCCCUGCUGGGAGCCCUCCUACUGGUCAUUCUAAUAUGGCCUCCGUGCUGUGCGACGAUGCCGAAACCACUGCCGGCCGUUCUGCCAACCGUCCCGGAGAUCGACCUGCCCUCGGACCCGAUACCCGCGGUUUCCAUCGCCAGUCCCAUCCAGAACCAUCAGCAGCAAUCGAGUGCCAACAAGAGCCGCAAAGUGAGCGAACUCAGUCGCUUUAUGAACGUACUUCUGGUGGGGAACUACGACGACGAUCGGGGUGACACCGGCGAAAGUGAACAGCGACGCAGCUCUACGCAAACCGGUGACAGUCGCCGUGUCAGUAGUGCGAGCACAAGCGACGACCAAAACCGAACAACGCUAAAUUUACGACGGCCUGAAAAUAACACCGCAGGUUAUUCAAUUGAGCAGUCGAUCGAUAAAAAUAAAUCAAAUGUACAACAAACCGCAGACUAUGUAGCUGCCGUGCGCCCAAUACAGUUAGAUAACACAGACCACGACAAUCCGACCACUGCAUCUGGGAUGCUCGACACUAAACCUUAUCACACCAGCCAGAUAACGCACAACCCUACCAUUUACAGCAUUCUGUUCCGCAGAACAGCUCCCCCGCUAGCAUCGUCAUCACCGCCGGUGGCGUCAGCAGUUCCCCAAGUUCGCAGCGUCGUCCCCACCAGUGAACCUGCGGUGCGUAGUCAAAACGAGGUCAUCGACCGCGGCAGCGGCGACGACGACCCAAACGCCGUCAAUCAAUCAGUAUUCAAUCCCACCGAUGCUGCUGCUGCUGCUGAUGCGUUCAUCUCCGACAUCUCGGCCGAAGUGGAUGACGACCACCGAAGCCGAUCGCCGUCGUGGCCAGUUCUGUCGAGGGUCGGCCGGAGUGCCGGCCCCCCGCCCCAUCCGCACCGGCAUCAGCACUAUCUCUCAGGUAAUGGAACCCUAAUGGCACCCGGUCGGGGUCGAGGGGCAGCGGCGGCAGGACGACACCUUCAUCAUCACCAGCCACAUCAGACUCAGCAUCGGAAUGGGACGGGUGGCAUUGGUGGCGGCGGUGGAACAACCGGUGGUGAUUCGUCCAAUCUAGAGCGCAACGAACGAUCGGCGAAUCUGUCGCACAUUACCGGCGCGAACCGCAAGAUUCAGCUGUACAUCAAGAACCGAUACCUGCAGCUGCUAGCCGACGGGACCGUCAAUGGGACGCACGACGAUCAGAGCGAUUUCACCAUUCUCCAGCGAACAACUGUGGCCGCCGGUCAGAUCAGGAUACAAGGCGUUGCAACCUGUUUGUUUCUCUGCAUGGACACCUGUGGGACGGUCUACGGUUCGAAAGACUUCACCGACGACUGCGUCUUCAACGAACAGAUGGAGCAGCACCACUACAACACGUACAGCUCGACGCAGCAUUCAAACUCGCGGCGAACGCUGUACCUGGCGUUGAACAAAACCGGCCAGCCGCGCAAGAUCCAGAUCCCGGUCAACCGAACGCUGGGCAAGCUGGCGACCUACACGAAAGCACUCACCCAAACCGUAGCUCACGAUCGCGUGGAGCGAUUGAUUUCGAGACUAUUCGGGGCAAACCACGUCCGCCACGGGCUGAAGCAGCUGUGUGAAACGGGCCGGGCGCUGCAGGACCUCACCGAGAAGGUCAUGCGACCUCGGGCUGCUUGCGGUCCGGCCAAGGCUCCACAGAACGUGGGGCCGACGGGUGUCGGAUCGACGGCGGCGAGCGCUGCCGCCGGUGGCAACAAAGACAAAGACAGCAAAGACAACUUGCGAAAGAAGAAGAAAAAGCGGCGGAAAUGCCGCGAAGACGAAGCGCCUGGAGAGCACUGCUUCAGGCCGCAGGGUGGUAGCUUAGGUACAAAUAGUGGUAGGAAAAGGCCCCCAGGGCAAGCGAAGAGUCAGAAGUGCAGCCCGGAAGAUGGCGAUUGUGUUGUUAGUCUUAGUAGUAGCAGUAGUAGUAGUAGCUCCAGUGGCAGUCCAAACAGUGCAAAUAGUGUAAGUAUUAGCCGCAGCAGCAGUAGUAGUAGUAGUAGCAAUCGCCCAAGCGCAAGCCAAGCGACCGUACCAAAUGCAGGAGCUCAGUCCCCAGGGGCAGGCCCGAAAAAGAAGGUGAUCAAGAAAGUCAACUCGAAAAAUACUCCUUCCAAUGUAAAUAGUAACAAUAAUAAGAAGCCUAAAAAGGGUCCGGGUGGAAGUGGCGGAGGCCCCAACGCCAACAAGAAAGCCAAACAACAGCAACACAACUCUAGCAGUAGUAGUAGUGGUAGUAGCGCAAACAGCAGCAGCAGUAGUAGUACAGUGCCAUCAGUCCUUAGGGGUAGGGCGAAAACGACGCCGGCGAGGAGAGUGCCCUCGCUGAGGUCAGCGACCUCAACGACGUCGUCUUCAACGACGGCGACCACUCCGGGCCGUCCUCCGAUGACGACGCCGGCCAACCUCGACGAUACCUCGCAAUCGGAAGACGACCUCGAAGCGGAGCUCGAGGCGGACGACCUGGUGCACUCGUCGGCCGAGUUCAUCGAGGAGGAGGAUCUCGACGAAGGAUCCGCUCUAAAACCCACCGCUUCGCCUUGGUAUGGUAUGCCUGAGGAGCUUGGCAGCGAUGCUGCCGCCAUGGUUGCCCCUUGUUGCCCUUUCCCUUUCACCAUCACCACCAAUACCACCAGCUCCGGCGGUAGAAGCAGCAACGCCAGUACCAAUACAAAUGCCACCACCACUGCCAAUGCCAGUUCUCCUAGUGUUAGUGAUAGUAGUAGUAGUAGCAGCAACAAGCGAGCGAGCUACUCAUCCAGUAAAAGCUUUAUUAGCAGCAGUUCGGUGGACGAACGCCCGCGGGGCCGGUCCCUCGUGCAGUUCAGUCUGCUUAGUCUAGGUUCCCUACUGAUCGCUUCCGUUGCUAGCACGGCCAGAGUUACACGACUGCUAUAUCUAUGAUCACACGAGUCACACGUAGCACAGUUGUGCGACCAUCACUCAUUCUCAGCCAAUCAGUCAUUUCGUUCAUUUGUUGAUCGACUUUUUAAUGGGAAUUUUCAAUAAUCUUGACCCGAUUUUAUAAAUUAAAUUUGUUUUGGUUUAUUUUUACUAUUUUCAUUUAACAAUGGUUUACUAUUUUUUAAAAGGUAUAAGAAAACGAAAACCUCAGGAAAUAUAAAAGCAGAUUAAAAAAUGUGGAAGUAAAAUGGGCCAGGUUAUUCAGAAUUUCGACCAUUUUUGAAAUGCUAUUACAAAAACACAUCAAGAGGAAAACAAUAUCAUUUCUCAGAAUAGACUACUUUCAUUCAACAAUUAGUUUCUUCCGUUUCGUUACACUUCCAUUCAAUUCUAUUACGGUAACUUAACUUGUUCAAAUCAUGUCAAAUCAUCAAAUUAAGCAAUAACAUUUUGGAAAUAUGCAAAGAAAAAGUUUUAAAAAAUAAGAAGAAAAUGGAACGAGCUCACCACAUACCGUACUCCCAUCUACCCAGCAUCUCACAUUUUCAGCUCACAAUAGGAACAAAAUUCACAGAAAUUUUAUAGACUGAUUAUUUAUAAAAACCCGUUUUGUUUACAAGAAUGCGAAUCAAGUUUUGACCAGUGAGUGUUAGAAAGUUUAGGAAACAAUAAAAUCCUCUACAAAACCAGCUCAGGAGAAUACGGCUUCUAAAUUUUGCACAACUAGUUACUACACAGAGUUUGCUACAACUCCGUAUACAGGUUCGUCUUACUCGUAGCCACUUGAAUACGUAUGAAACUUUUUACAAACAUGUAGCAAAAACGUACUUACCCGAAAUUAAAAGGAAAACUGCAGCUUAAGAAUGUUUGGAAGUGAGUGAUCGUGACAAAACAGAUAAAAGACAAAUUUGCUGCCCUUCAAAACAUCGAAAAACCAGAAAUGGCAGUGCUCUUAAAUCUCAUCACUUUUCAGUAGGUUAUCACCAUAAACAAACAGAGAGUAAACAGAAUAGAGCCGUUCUUCUGCAAACGGUUGAUUGAAAUUAUAAUUUUCCAUGACGAUAUUAUUAGUUGUUAAAAGGGAGUCCCUCAGCGUCAGCUCGACGACGACGACAGCCAACCAACCCGGUUGUAAGCUCUUAGAUAGGAUAAUAAAUUGCAGCGCUACUAACUGACGACGACGACGACAGGAAUGUAUGUGCUAUCGAAGAAACUCGUUUCUGAAAAAAAAAAAAAAUGCGAAUUGUAAAUACUAGGGCAUGUUCAAAUGUGUUUGAGUCGGGAAAAAACGGAAAAAGUAUUCUAGGUUAUGUCCGAUGGUGGAUCGGAACCCAAUUGCACUACGACUAGGUUUAGCGCUAUUCAUUUGUCUUGUUCUGGUUUUUAAUUUCGGUGUGAUCAUCAAGUCUUGAAACAGUAAUAUUUGUAACAUCAGUCUUGAAAUCAGCAUUGCAGGUGGAAUUUACUCUCAAACGGCUUGCGUCGUAAUAAAUUGCUCAAUCAGUGCAUAGCUGUUCAAACUGGAUCGACGGUAUGUUGUGGUAGAAUAUGAUUAAUUGGUUCGUUGGUCAAUAAAACAAGAUCUUACGUAGCAUCAUGACUCUAAAACAGUUUAAUGAACGUAUGCAGAGAUUGCACAAGUUAUAUUUAUUAGCAAAUUACAAUCAUACUCGUGAUUUUUUUUAAAUUUUGUAAAUUUUUAUUUUAUUUUAUUUUAUUUUUUAUUUUUUUGUUUGAACAUCCCCACAUUUUUUAUAUUUUCUUGAAGUCUAUUUGGGUUACCGAUUUUUUUAAACGAAAACUUCUUAGGAUUUUGUUUUUAUUUUUUUUCCUAACGAGAUUUAGCUAGUGCAUCUCGGAGCCAUCUGGUUUACUGCCCUAAAGGGUGUCCACGAUGAAAUUGGCACACAGAAAGUAUAGUAUAACUUUUGAUUGCGUUCGCCAAAAUAGCUAAAUUUUUGAACAUGGAUAGAAUAUUAUGUGUAGCUGAUACCAUAAAAUUUUCAUUAAAAUCGGUUGAGUAUUGGCGGAGAUAUCGUUGAAACAAGGGAAUUCCCACUUGAGAAUCUUGUGCAAGCAAACAUUUUGGAAAAUAUCACUUUUUUGCCGUUUCAACUCUGGCCCCAAAAAUACUGAACCGAUUUCAAUGAAAAUUUUUAUGUACGCAAAGUAUGUAUGCAGAAGUAAUUUAAAAUUUCAUUCAAUUUGAUCAUACUGUUAAAAAGUUAUAGCCAUAUAUGUCGCACUAUAUCACAAUAAGCAGAUGUGGUUUUUGGUAUAGUGAAAUUCAAACUGCUCUUACUUUGAAAGUACUCAACAAAAAUGGCUGAAAUUUUCACUGUAAAUAGUUUAACACAACAAUUUUACACUGUCAGAGUUUUAUAAAAUUGGGUUUUUAAAUUAAGAAAAAUGCAAUGAUUUUUUGAUUUUAUACGAAAGAGCACAUUUUUCUGAACCACCAUGAUUUUUUUCAGAUUUUUAGAACUUCAUUUUGGUACCUAAAAUCGCUUCCGAAGAGGUUUUUCGAAAUCACCUUUUGACAGCUGACCAACUGUUUGACACUCUGCCCAGUACAAAAUGCGACGAGGGGUGAUACGACAAAUCGCUCCCAUGCAAACUUCAAACUGAUUUUUAAAUAGGUUCCCGGGCACCAAAAUUCAUGAAAAUUUGGAUUUCGGCUCAGUUUUGCAUGCAGAUUCUGAAUAUGGAAUUAUCUGAACACCGCUAAAGAAGCCAAUUCGGGACAGUGUUACCAGUUCUACAGUCAAACCCGAGCAGAAGAAAAUAACAAAGGAAUAACAUAUCAUGGUAUUUAUCUUAAAUACUACCAUACCUUGAUAUGCCCUUCAUUAGGUGGUAAUAAGAGGCAAAAUAACAAAAACGAAUACCAAAAUUUUGUAUAAAUAACACCUAGAAAAUAACAAGUCUUGUUAUUUCAAUUAUGAAUGCAGACCUAAAAUUUCAAGUGCUGUAUUUGUUAUCCCAAAGUUAUUGAAUAACAAACUAAUAACAUGUCUUGUUAUUAAAUGUUCCAUUUGUUCGAUGGAUAAUGUAAUAGCAAAUCUUGUUCUUCGGUUAUUUUCACUGCUAAACCAACAAAUACUACAUCAAUACCAAACUCUGCUCAAAUAUCUCCAACUGUUAUUGUGAUGUCCUCAUAACAGUUCGUAGAAUAACGCAGCAAUAACAAUUUUAGGUAUUAGAGCACAUUUUGCUCUUCGCAUGGUAUUUGUAAGGUAUGCCCUUCUGCUCGGGAAAUAGCGCAAACGGAACUAAUUUUUUUUUUCUUUAUUAAAGAGGCUUUCAGCCAGACGCUGGUUCACCUCUCAAAAGGAACUAAAAAAUGUUAAAAAAGUACACAAAAUUUACCGUGACGCGAUUUGAUCUUUAAAUAUUUACUAGAAAAAGUACUGAACCGAUUUUGAUCAAAUUUUUUCAACUUAACUGAUACUAUGUUAAGAAUAUCGAGUUAAAUUUUCAAACGUUUUGAUGAGGUUACAAAAAAGUUAUAGCCUAAGCAAUUUUUUGAAAUGGGUGCCCAAAUUUUCUAAAAUCUCAUUUUAUGAUAUCGACAAUAUCUGCGCCAAUACUCAACCGAUUUUAAUGAAAAUUUUAUGGUCUUAGCUACACAUAAUAUACUAUUCAUGGUCAAAAAAUUAGCUAUUUUGGCGAACGCAAUCAUAAGUUAUACAAUAUUUUCUGUGUGCCAAUUUCAUCGUGGACACCCUUUAUGUACAUAUGUAGGGAGGUAUAGUCAUGUGUUCCAACCAUCCCAGCAAGAUCGCUCCGCAGAGCGAUUUUGUAAUGAUUGUUGAUAUACACUACACGUCAUAAGUACGAACUCACAAACAGUAUUGCAACAAUAUUGCAACACUUUGACUCACCUCGAUAUCUCUAAAACCAGAACACCUACAAAAAUGCCGCCUUAAGAAAAGUUGUUGCUUUUGGUCUUCUUAAUAACUUUCCUGAAGACAGCAUCUUUGUCAGUCUUCAGGUUUUGGAGGUGAGUCAGGGUGAUGAAAUAUUGUUGCAAUACUUUUUGUGAGUCCGUACUUAUGGCGGGUAGUGUAUGGUGAUUUCUAAAUAUUCCCGUGAAAAAAAAAAUACUUUCCGUAAACCUUUACAAGUGUAUACGAUUCCCCUAAAUUCUUGAAACCCUCACUCUAGAGGAUUUAUUUUUGUAAAAAAACAUCGGAAAAAUCGAAAAAAGUUAUCGUCAUCCAUUUGAAAACUGUUGUACUGUUGAAAAGAUUCCAAAGUAAUGACCCAAAAAUGACACAAUCCUCGUGUCUAAACGUCAGGUAAAUAAUAAACUCGUUUUAAACCCUAAGACUGGGUAGCCGUUUACCAAUAGAUUUCAUUUUUCGUCAUCUGUUUUUUUUUAUUUGCGGUUGUGUGAAUUAUGAUUUUUCUGAUUUUAAGAUUUCUAUUUCUGAACAUCCCCACACAUUUAUAUUUUUCCUGAAAACCUCUUUGGGAAACUGAUUUUUAUGACGAAAACAUUUUGAGAUUUUAAUGUUGUGUUAGUAGCUGUGAAGUAAGAGUCACCUAGCUUCUAAUCGCAUCAUGCUAUGGGGUGAGGGUUCGAUUCCCGCUCCGGCGAUGAAACUUUUUGUGAGGAUAGUUUCUUCUCCGUAUCCACUGGUGCAUGCUCCUUGUGUCCGUUGUUUAAGUCUCAUUCAGUAUUUGCAGCCUCUGACAGAACACGGUGUCCAUGUCUUUUUUUUAUUCAACCAUGGUGUUUUUUAAGAAAUUUAUCAGGAAUUUUACUAAGGAAUUCGCCAGAGCUUUUUUGAGAACUAUUUACAGGAGAGUUUCUAUAAUGCAUACAGGAUUUUCUUGAAAAAAUUACCACACAUUUUCCACGAAUUUCUACAAGACUAUAUAGCUAAUCUUCGGAUUUUUCUGAAUUAAGGAGUUUUUUAACCCAAGGCUAGUUAGUAGUUAUCGGUUAUUCUUCAUAAAUCCUGGGAAGAUUUUUUAAGUAUUUUCUAAGAAAUCUCUUCAAUAAUACCAAAGUUUCAAAAUUGUUCUUUGAAGACAUAUUUUUAGGAAUGCAUUUCUUUCAGAAAGUAUUUAAAAAAAACUCUUCAACUUCAAUUUUUUUCUAAAAUUUCCUGAAAUAAUUUUACUCUAAUUUUUUUAAAUAAUUUCUUCUGAAACAACUACAGGAAUUGCUUUCAAAAUUCCUUUAGGAGUUUCUCCUGGAAAUCUGCACUAAUUUCAAGUUUUUCAAGAAAUUUAUCAUAAAUUCAUCCAGAAAUUGUAGAGAUUAGAAAAAAAAAACAAAAAAUAAAACUUUCCAACAAAAAUACCCAAAACAUUAAGGCUCAAUUGAAAAUCGAAGAUUUUGAAAAAAUACCAGAUUAAUCCAUCUAAUGGUGAUAGUGCCUUUCUCGACGAAUAUAUCGUCCCCUUAAUGCUAGAACUAGGUAACUCGAAAAUCAUAGUUUCGAGAAAAACGACUUUGAAAAUUUUACAAUUUUUUAUGUAAUUGUUCCAAAGGUAUGGAGCCUUAAAAUAAUUAUUUUUUAGCAUUGAUCGUUUAUUCAGCUUCUACUCUUUCUGCUAGAAGAAAACGUUUUGAACUAUUUUGGUUUAAACCUUUGAAAAAAACAAUAAAUGGAUGAAAAAUUGUCGAGUUACCUAGUUUUAGCACGCAAAAUGCAAAAUAAAUAAUGGAGGAGAUGUUCUGAGAUACCUAGUUUUUACCACUAUUGAUAUCAUUCUUUUCAGUUUUCUUGUUGCAGUAUGCAAAUUUUUUUUUUUUUUUGAUUUUAUUAACGACAUUUUACACCGUGGUGCAUUCAUGUCGAGCCAGUAUGCAAAUUUAAAAGGGUUUACAUACUGAAAAUAACGUGUAAUUACUGAAUUUGCUAGGAUAUUUACAAUAUCACCACAUGCCACCUCAAAUGUUCAUAAAAUAAUCGUCUACGAACAAUCACAGUUUUUAGCUAAAUCAACAGAAGUAAAAUAUUUCAAGUUUUUAGACCUAAAAUGAAAAACAGUAGUAAAUUUUCAAUCUACUAACAAAAGAAUAAAUAAAAGAAAAUCGGGUUAAGUACGGUUCCUUUGAAUUCCACUAAGAAUUUGCAUCCUUUGACAGAUACGUAUUUCGACCUCAACUGUAAGGUCGUCUUCAGUGUCUUGUACUUGACUCGACUA